UACUGAGGUUCAAAUGAAUUUGGAGUUCUUUUGGAGCCCAGCUGUUGGACUGUACUUUUCUUCUGAAAACAAGAGGUGCUGCUGCUGUUUUACAGAGCCUGAAAAGAAGAAAAGCCUGUAGGAGCUUAAUGAUUUGAUGAGCUUCAGCUGGUUUUCUCCCGCCUCCGUUGCCCUUUCUUUUGAAAGGCCCUCUUUCAUCAGGAUAUGUUAGGGCAAGUGCUUUCUGAGCCAGGAUAUGGUGGGGGGAGCACAGUGUUCCGUAAAAGCCACCCCUUCCUGGGUAGCAUCAACAGACUUGGAGAGUCCUCUCUCCUUCACUCAACAGUUGGUGGCCGUUUUCUCCUCUUCUCUUUUGUCUUGCCAAAAAAAUAAUAAAAUUGAGUAGUGAGAGGAUGCUGGUUAUGAACCUUUCAGAUUUUGCUGACUUCUGCCUCUCUUUUCGACCAGUGCAAUGCUUCUGCUGCUCAAAGAAACCCCGUCCAAAAUACUUGAGUGAGAGUUUUUUUAUGGUGAAAGGUGCUGCAUUAUUCCUCCAGCAAGGAAACAGCCCUCAAGGUCCACGAAGUCUUACUCACCUUCACAAACAUGCUGGUGAUUUGCCCCAACAUCUUCAGGUGAUGAUCAACCUCCUUCGCUGUGAGGACAGGAUCAAAUUGGCUGUGCGUCUGGAAAGUGUCUGGACAGACCGGGUGAGGUACAUGGUGGUUGUCUAUAGCACCGGACGCCAAGACACGGAGGAGAAUAUCCUGCUGGGAGUAGACUUUUCAAGCAAGGAGAGCAAAAGCUGCACCAUCGGGAUGGUUCUGCGCCUGUGGAGUGACACAAAGAUCCAUCUAGAUGGUGAUGGCGGGUUCAGCGUCAGCACUGCAGGGAGGAUGCAUAUCUUCAAGCCCGUUUCAGUUCAAGCAAUGUGGUCCGCCUUGCAGAUCCUCCACAAGGCUUGUGAGGUGGCUCGGAGGCACAAUUACUUCCCUGGCGGGAUGGCGCUCGUCUGGGCCACGUACUACGAGAGCUGCAUCGCCUCCGAGCAAAGCUGCAUCAAUGAGUGGAACGCCAUGCAGGACUUGGAGUCCACACGCCCUGACUCGCCAGCUCUAUAUGUGGACACACCAACUGAGAGGGAGCGGGCAGAACGCCACAUCAAGGCCAAACUCCGAAGUAUUAUGAUGAGCAAAGAUCUGGAGAACGUAACCUCUAAAGAAAUACGGAAUGAGCUGGAGAAGCACAUGAACUGCAACUUGAAGGAGUUCAAAGAGUUCAUUGACAAUGAGAUGCUGCUAAUCCUGGGGCAGAUGGACAAGCCCUCUCUCAUUUUUGACCAUCUGUACCUGGGUUCCGAGUGGAAUGCCUCCAACCUGGAGGAGCUACGGGGCUCUGGCGUUGACUACAUCUUAAACGUCACAAGGGAGAUUGACAAUUUUUUCCCUGGCUUGUUUGCAUACCACAACAUCAGGGUCUAUGAUGAAGAGACCACCGACCUCCUUGCCCACUGGAACGAGGCGUACCAUUUCAUCAACAAAGCCAAGAAAAACCGUUCCAAGUGUCUAGUCCAUUGCAAAAUGGGUGUGAGUCGCUCUGCCUCCACCGUCAUCGCGUACGCCAUGAAGGAAUUUGGCUGGCCCCUGGAGAAAGCAUACAAUUACGUCAAGCAGAAGCGCAGCAUCGCCAGACCCAAUGCUGGCUUCAUGAGGCAGCUCCUGGAGUAUGAGGGCAUUCUGGAUGCCAGCAAACAGCGUCAUAACAAGCUAUGGAAGCAACAGCCUGAGGACAGCCUCCCCCAGAACUUGGGCAGCUCUGGUGGGCCAAGUGACUAUCUGCUUGACAGUCUGGAUGUUGACCUGGAUGCUCCUUGCCAGCCCAGCUGUGCAGACCCCCGCACAAGCCAGGAGGCCGUGGGCUUCCACUACUGCUUCAGGCGCCUUUCUGACUCCUUGCCUGUGAACAGAGAGUCACUUUUCCAGCUGGAGGACCUGGAGAGGGACUUUCUGCUGGAGGAGGAGGAGGAGUCAGAUUUGGCAGCAACAGAGCUGCCCUUCUUGGGGUUUGUUGAUGAGCCUCCAGUGGAAAAGCUGAAGAGCGUGGAGAGAGCAGAGGUCUCAGGGGAGAAAACUGUGGAGGGGAAUCCUGAGGUCAGCCUCCUGAAGGCCGGAGCUGUACCCAGGCUUGCUGUCCCGGAAGAAGGAGACCCUGCAGAGGAGAAGCUCAUUGAGCGCUGGAAGCGUCACUCAUCUGCGCAGGAGGAGGAGAGCCGGUGGAACUGUGAGAACCUGAACAACAACAACAGCAAGAGGAGCUGCCCUGAGGAUUUUGAGCACGAUGCCAUCUUUGGGAUCCUCAGCAAAGUGAAGCCUUCCUACAAGUCUUGCGCCGACUGCGUGUAUGCCAGUGCUGGUGCCUCAGCCGACGCUUUUGGGGAACCAUGUGAGCCCCUGCACCUGGCCUCCCCCUCCCGCAGUUCCACGGUCUGCACACAGCCGCCGUUCCUCCUGCACAGGACACCCGCGUUUUUGGAGCAGGCAUUCUGUGAGUCUCCCCCAAAAGAAAUCCACACUGCAAAAAGCAUCCGCUUGCCUCCACUACUAGCGGGGAGUGACUUGCAGAGCGCUGAUCCCAGCAAACCUGCAGCCGGCUGGCCCUGCAGUGCUUCCGAGAAGCCCAGAGAUGGCCCUAGAGCUCCAGCUGGCCUGAGAAACUCUCUCUGUGAGAGGAGUCCCAUCCUCAGCGAUGGGAUGAAAGAGGAUUCCUCGCCAAAAAGGGACGCCCGGCAGACCAAGGACCUGAAGUACUUGCUCUUCAGCAAGGAUUUGGAGAAGCCGACCACCAAUAGCUACCUGAUGCAGCAUCAGGAGUCGCUCCUGCAGCUCCAGAAAGCGGGCUUGGUCCGGAAGCACACGAAGGAGCUGGAGCGCCUCAAGAGCCUGCCAGCGCCUGAAGCAGCUGCUCCUGGGAGGGAGGGCCCUGGGGGCCCGGCGGACACCAGCAUUCCGGAAGAGACGCAGGAGCUGGAGGUGGCCCAGCAGGAGCAGCAGCCUCUUCCCAUACCCAGGGGCAUGAACAAUGAGACUGAGAAGCUGCAGAAAAGCCCCCUGGUAGGCGGGGCGUCUCAGAAGACCUCCACGCCUGUCCUGUGCCGGACGGUGGACCACACAAGCAGCUUCACAAAGGACUUUCUCAAGACCGUCUGCUACACACCGUCGUCGUCCCGGAGCUCCAACCUGACGCGGAGCUCCAGCAGCGACAGCAUCCACAGCGUGCGAGGGAAGCCUGGCUUGGUGAAGCAGCGGACCCAGGAGAUUGAGACCAGGCUGCGGCUGGCUGGCCUGACGGUCUCCUCCCCGCUGAAGCGCUCCAACUCCCUGGCCAAGCUGGGCAGCCUCAACCUGUCCUCAGAGGACUUGGCGAGCGAGACGGACCUGUCCGCCCUGACGGACUCCAGGGAGACCAAGUCGAGCGAGUCUUCGGUGGUGCGCUGCCAGCCUUCCCUGAAGGCCACUGGAGAGCAAGCCACCUUGCCGCCGGCAGAAGCCGCUCUGGCAAAGCUGAAGGGCAGGCUGUGGAUGGGGGAGAGUUGACACAUAUUUAUGACCUUUGUUAAAAAGAACUUGUUCCUUUUAUAGUUGUCUCUACUAAAUGCAGUUUUAUCAUUUUGCAAAAAGAUGGUAAAGUUCUCUGCCCUCCCCCCAUCCCUUCCCGUGUGAUGCCACAAGUAGUGUGGGGAAAGGGGGAGACUUGACAGGGCUAGCAACCCAGUGGAAAAGGCGCUCGCAGCCUCCCGGCUCAGAAGGCGAUGGUGGCAUGUGUGACCUGGGCCUCUGCUUUCCUCUGGGGUGGGGUGCAGAGGGGCAGAUUCUCUUCCCCUCCCAUGCUGAAAAAGCAACAACUCUUUCUUGCAAGGUUUCUCUGGCGGCUCAAGUUGAGCACAAUUUCCUAGUUCAAAGAGGCACUUGAGGUAAGAGCCUAAGAGGGAAACACCAAACAUGCUACCUCCAUUCUUCACGUAUUUAUACAUGGGAUUUGUCUUUUAAAAAACACACAAAAAUCAAUCUUGUUCCGAAAUUGAUGGUUCUCCUUUUGAACAGUUACAGUUCAGUCAUUGUUGUUAACGCCAUUGCACAGAUCCCCAUUCCUGCCGACUUUGAGUUUAUGUGCCCCGAGUGACGGUCUUUCUGGUCUGACUCUACUUGCCUGGCUGAAGGAAUCUUGAGUUUCUCCUGGGAUGUGGGAUGAUCAUCCUGUGGCUCCUGGCCUUCUCUUGUCAUGUGGCUUUGCUAAGACAAUUCCAUCAAUGCUGUUUGGGACGGCAACCUGGAGCCCCUGUUAAAAACAGCAGUAGCUGAAUUCUGAGUUGUCAACCUUUUGAGUUUGGAGCUUAUCAUAAAGCUAUUGUGGCACAAGAAGGGGGAGCCUGCCCCCCCCCAGAUGUUGCCCUGCUCCUGCUGCCACCCCUGAAGAGGGUUGUAGUCCAGCAACAUCGGGGGCCCACAGGGCCCACAACCCUGAUGUCCUAAGGGUGCUGAUCACACGUGGAAUAAAGGAUUGGGUGGCA